AGAGGCGGAGUGUCAUUUGUUCGCACGACGAAUGUUGUUUUUCGAUGUCGAAAUAAUUUUGUACAUUCUGAUAGGAACGCAGAGAAAAAAGGAGAGACGAGCGAAGAGAGGAAGAGUAAAAAAAAAAAAAACAACGCACACACAAUAUCGAGGAGGAUGAGCGACAAAACUGCGUCGCACACAAAUAAAAUGCAAAAGGCGAAACGUCAACCGAUUUAUUUGGCUGUGUGUAUUGUUGUAUUAUGACUUUUUGUAUUUGGAUAGAGCACACUUUCUCCCAUUUAAAGCGUGUAUACAUUCAAAGGCCUCGUGUUCUCGCAUGUGUGACUCUGUUGUGUUGUGUUUUUUUUUCUCAUUCAUAUUGUUGCUGUUUCUCGCACUUCACAUUCCAAUGUAAUAAUGUUAAUAAUGUUUGAUUCGGUUUUAUAAGCUUGUUUUCAUUUUGAUUUUCGAUGGUGUGCAAAGUGUCAAAAUCAUAAAUAUCGGAAACGAGCUGUUGAACAGAGCAUUGUAUUUUUCGCUUCGCACACUUUGGUUUUUUUUUCGUCGUCUUCUUCUGGCUGUGCGAAUUCUAAACAAUCAAAGCACGUUCGUCGGUUUAUCAGCCGAUUUUUCGGUCAUCACAGAGUCAAAGUCAAUACACGAUUGGUGUGCUGUGUUUUUUUUUCUCGUUGGUUCGUAAUUUCGGUUUGCCCGGUUCGUUUUGGUAUAUAUUUUUUUUUUCUUCUUCGCAUCGAUCAUCAUUUGGUACAUGAAUAUCAUCAUAGAAAAAUAUUUAUACACACUCACACCGAUUUUUUGCGAUUAAAUUUAAUCGCUGCAUUUCACGUGUUCGCAUUAAUUUGAAUAAAUUGAAAUCGAGACCACUCAACAUUUUACAUAUUAUUUGCGAUCCCUUGGUGUAUUGAAUCAGUAUGGAGUUACUAUUGCAAGCGAUUGAAGAGAAACUAUCACAUGUCGACAGUGAACGCAAUAAAUGGCUACAGUAUAAAGAGGAACAUGUUCAAGCGGGUAAUAAUUUACGUGAAUUUCAAAAAUCAUUUCGCAAAGAUAUCCUUGUUCCGAUCGGUUCGAAGGCAUUGAUGCCCGGCCAGUUGUACCACACAAACGAAAUAUUCGUGGGCAUGUAUCGCGGAUUAUUUGUCAAGUGUUCGGCCGAUAAAGCGCUCGCUGUGUGCGAACAUCGAUUGGGCGAAGCAAACAAACGGCUUGACGCUCUGGAUGUCGAACACAAAAUGUAUAAAGAUCGAUUGGAGUUACCGGUGGACGGGCAUAUGUUUGGUGAUUCAAAUCAGGCUCAGGAAAUUAUCGAAGAAUACAACCAAGAAGAGGAAAUGAGAUGGCGUGAACAGCACCGAAUCCGAAUGCGAGAGUACAAACAAGCUGAAGCCGUAGAACGAAGAAGUCAACAGUCAACGGAGGAUGAUAUUGAUGUGAAUGCGAUUUUUGAGCAGGCUGAAUUGAUGGAAGAACUGGAAAAUGAAUUGGAGCAAUUGGAUGUGAACGAUGAUGAGCAUUUAAGAGAACACUUGCAAAUGAUAAGUGAAUCAACGGAACGGUUCGAAUCGUUUGAAAAUGAACGAGAAGUGAACGAUUCACGGCAAACCAUCGAAGAUAUAGAUAGUAAUGGCGAAGAUGAAAUGGGCUCGACCGAAUUUUUAUCGUUAAGCAAACAGGCCAUCGGUUUGAGUACCGAAGAUAAGAUCAAAUUUUUCGAAAUCCAUCUGCUGAAGUGUCGAGACUACUUUUCGAAAACCAAUUGCACCAUUCACAAUUUCGAUGAAUUUGCCGACAAACGUGGAACCGAAGAGAAUUUGGAAAAUGCCAUCGAAGAGUUGCAAGAAACUCUCAACAACAAUACCACCAAAACCACCGAACACAAACCGUCGGCAACAAUUGCCGAGCAAUCGAACAUGCAUCCGAACAGCACAUGCAAGGACAAAUGUAAUACAGUCCAUGAUUCCGUUGAACCCCGAAAAUUCCAUACGCCCAGCGAUUUUGAUGAAGUGGAACGGGAGUACAGUGCUCAAAAUAAAAGCAAAAGUGAACUGUUAAUUUUCUACAAAAGUCAAUUGCGUAAUGUUAUGAAGUCGAUUGCUGGAUGCUCACUCGAUAUACAUUCACGAGAUGAAAAACGAGAUUUAUAUGAUUUUUUAAGUGAUCGUAUUACUAGUCUGCGUGUAGAAAUUCAGAAGGAAAAGCAAAUUAAAUUGGAAGAGGAUUUUGUCGAUGACGACGAUGUCAUUGGAAAAAUUGUAAAGAAUUUGGAUCGCAUCUUCGAUCCGAACGGCAGCGAUUUCGAUUUGGACGAUUACAAAGAGGACGAACCGGCGGCGGGCAAACGCAAAAUUAGCUUCGCUUUACAACCCGUUACCGUCACUUUCUACGAGGAUGAUGAACCAUGCGUUGUAUCACAAGAAAAUAUGAACAAUUUGAUGGAUUCCACAUUUCAAUUCUUCAACAGCCCAAGCAGCUCGAGCGCCAGCAGCGCUUGUGGCGAUGAUGAAGACAAUAUAAACCAUGGGACAGAACAUCAGCCCAUGAAUAGUACAAAUGACUGUGAUAUACACUUUCCAAUGAACCAAUUCAACGAAAGUACAAUGAAUAAAGUCGAAGACUGCACAAGCGUUACAAACAAUGGGCCGCCAAGUCAAAGGAAACCAUCAACAUUGGUGUUGAAAUUCAGCCAUUCAUCGAACCCAUGCACAGCAACGGUUAGCAAUGAUGAUGACACAAUCAACAGUCCGCUUGAUAUUUACAAACAGUUUGCUGCCAGUAUCGAGACAUCUACGCGAGAAAUUAUGUCGCCACCGCUUCGGUUUAAUGCUGUAUCUCAAUUGAAUAUGUCACAAAUUCAUGAUAAACUCAAUGAAAAUAUCGAAACCAGAAACGGGCCAAGUGUUGGUGCACCGUUUUCAUUGGCGGGAAAGACAUUGGAAGUACCAAAUAUUGAUGCAAAGCCACGCAAAUCGAUUCUGAAGAACGGCAACUUGGUUAAGACCGAAAAUCGGGCAUCUAUCAUUGUCGAUGGUGUUGAAGAUCCACCGUAUACAAUUCAACAGCCAGAUGAUUUUCCUGGAUUUACACAGGUCUUGGGAGACAUUGUUGAACGCGUCGCUGUUGUUGAAACGAACCAAUUCCCGGACGACAAUCAGUCGAGUGCAGAUAAUCAACCAAAGAAGCGUGUCAGUUUGUUCAAAAAGAGCCGAAUGUCUUGAUUCGGCCGCUAAACCAACCAAUCAUUUUCUACCGCGCACACACACAUACAUACAUACAUAAAAAAAUAACGUCAUUUCUAUAAAAUUUCUAUCAACAUAUCUUCUUUAAGGAAAUCAAAUUCAUUGAUAAAGAAAAAAAAUGUCGCCUUUUUGUACGAAAAAUAUUUGCACGAAAUGGUUUCGAAAGCCGAAUCCAACAAAAAAAAUGUUAAAGAGAGCAACAAACACAGUCACAUGUUUUAUAACAAUAACGAAUAUUGAAAUUACCCAGGAUUAAUUGAUGCAAAUGAAGAUAUGUUUAUAUGCAAGCAACAAUAAAAAUUAUGAAAAAUGGAAAAAAAAAAAUUCUAAAAGUAACAUAAUAAAAUACAUAUUUUAAAAUGAAAA